AUGCAGGAGCAGAAGCUGUCACGGGAGGCUUUUCGCAUCCUACACGACAAGGGGACGGAGCGGCCCUUCACAUCAGAGCUCCUGGACGAGAAGAGGAGAGGAGAAUACGUCUGCGCAGCGUGCGGCUCCAAACUUUUCUCCUCUCAGAGCAAGUUCAACUCGGGAUCGGGGUGGCCGAGCUUCUACGACAAGCUCGCGGCUGUAGAGAUAACGGAGAACAAUGUGGUCGACCGCUACGUAAACUUGAGGAGGGAAGUACAUUGCGCCAAGUGCGGUGGACACUUGGGCCAUCUGUUCGAGGACGGCUUUCGCUGGAAGGUGCCAACAGGAAAGCGCUUCUGCAUCAAUGGUGCUGCUCUAAAGUUCGAGGAGGAGGAGAAACUUUCUUCGAACAAGUAA